UAAUAGUAUUAACUGUCUGGAUGUGAACGUGUGAUGGCGCUGAAGUGUGUGCUGUUCCUCGCCCUGGUCGGCGCCGUGGCGGCCGGCAAACAUGACCAACAUGCAGGGAGUUCCGUCCACGUCAUCAAGCUGAAAGACAGAGCAGACCAGAAGGUGCUGUAUGACCUCGAGGUAGAUCUGGGAGUGGACGUCUGGCAGCACGGCAUGCCGGGCCAGAGGGACGCCAUGGUCAUGGUGACCCCAGAGAACCGGAUCGAGGUCUUAGAUGAACUGGACUCCAAGGGGAUCGAACAUUAUGUGCAUUUGAAUGAUCUUUCCAAGGCCCUUGAAGAAGAAGACAAGGAAAUCGAAAGAUGGAUGUCUGCGAGAAGUAACAGAAUGAUUUUCCAGGGAUACCAGCGAUAUGCUGAGAUCGAUAGGUACCUGGAGACAAUAGCAGAGCGCUACCCUGACCUGGUGACCCUCGUCACCGCCGGUCAGAGCUUCGAAAAUCGGCCAAUCAAGUACUUGAAGAUUUCAACAACGAACUUCGAAGACCAAAGCAAGCCCAUUAUCUUCAUGACGGCGAUGCUGCACGCGCGCGAGUGGGUGACGACGCCGGUGACGCUGUACAGCAUCUACCGCCUGGUGGAGAACCUGCGCCACGAGGACGCCGACCUGAGGGACGAUGUGGACUGGAUCAUCAUGCCGCUCGUCAACCCUGAUGGCUACGAGUACACUCACACUCAUAACCGUAUGUGGCGUAAGACCAGAUCCCACUAUCCCGCAGUGAACGAUACUUGUUACGGAGUAGACGGCAACAGGAACUUCGAUGUUCUCUGGAACGAGUUUGGAGUUUCAUCCAACCCUUGUGCUGACACCUACCCGGGCCACGAAGCGUUCUCCGAAGUGGAGACCAGAUACGUGAGGGACAUAUUGAGAGAAUACGUCCCGAGGAUCCAGAUAUUCAUGGAUCAUCACAGUUUUGGGAACUACAUACUGUUCUGUUACGCGGAUACUAGUUUGCCUGAGAAUGCUGCUCAGAUUCAUCAGGUUGGAGCGGCGAUGGGAGCUCAAAUAGAUGCGAGGAAGCUGCCGAAGGCCGGGUACUACCGGGUGGGCAACAGUGCGAGCGUUCUGUACGCGGCCUCGGGAGCCUCCGACGAUUACGCACAGGUCGCUGGCGUCCCGAUGUCGUACACAUUCGAGCUGCCCGGCUACGAGUACGGCUUCGCAGUCCCCCCGGAGUACGUCGACCAGAUCAACGAGGAGACCUGGCACGGCAUCGCGGAGGCCGCCAGACUCGCCAAGCUCUACUACGCCAGUCGCUACGUACCCCCUGCCCCGCCUGCAACCCCUUAGACAUACGAUUUACUACCUCAAGCAAUUGAUUUAAGAGCUAAAUUCCUUAAAUACUUGAAUAACUUUUACGUAUACAAAUUCGAAAUGUUAUAAUUGAAGCGUAUUUUUUUAUAUUUUUAAUAAAUAGCGUACAAAAUGAAA